AUGCAUGCAGUGGAUUGUCUAGACAAAUUGCGUAAAUGGCAUGAACAUCCAAGUGUCCUCCUUAUGAGUUACCCUUGUUUCCUCUCUUUGAUGCGAGAACAGUCAAAGCAUGAGUAUUGGAGAUACAUGGGUGGUGUUUUACGUGAGAGUCCAGGGCUUUUAAUCCUGGACGAAGGGCACAACCCUAGAAGCUCACAUUCGAUGUUAAGGAGAUUUCUGAUGGAGGUGAAAAUAGAAUUAAGAAUUUUGCUUUCAGGAACAUUAUUUCAGAAUAGUUUUGACGAGUACUUCAAUACUCUUAGCUUGGCAAGGCCGAGGUUUAUUAGUGAGGUGCUAAGGGAAUUGGACCCUCUGUAUGGAGUUAAAAAUCGGAAAGGAUAUCGGAGGAAGGACACAAAAAGAUGCAAGGAGAUCCUAGCAAGAAAGUUCUUUGUGGAUAAGAUUGGUAGGAGAAUCCAUUCGAAAUACGAUGAAGAUCGAAAAAAAGGUCUAAAUAAGCUUAAGCAGCUAACUAAGGGUUUCGUAGAUGUUUAUGAAGGUGAUGGAUCUGAUUGCCUUCCAGGUUUGCAAGCUUAUGCUCUGUUGUUAAAACCAACUCCGGCUCAAGACAAAGCUAUGUUGAAGCUCCUGGAGUAUGAUUGUGGUACGAGAUAUUCUCUUGAGUAUGAGCUAAGAAUCACUCUUGUAUCUAUCCAUCCUUGGUUGUUGACAAGCUUAGAGUGUCUGGACAAGUUCUUCAAUGAUGAUGAAAGGAAAGAGCUCGCAGGACAACGACAUGACAUUACACGAGGUUCAAAGGUGAGAUUCGUCGUGAACCUUAUGCAGAAGUGUGUGCACAAGAAAGAGAAAGUGUUGAUCUUUUGCCAUAACAUUGCUCCAAUGAGAUACCUUAUGGAAAUAUUCAAGAAUAUGUUCAAUUGGGCAGAAGGGGAGGAAAUGUUAAUACUGCAUGGUGAUCAAUUAGUAUUCCAGCGCACAAGGAUGAUUGAUAAAUUUGAAGACCCCGGUGGGAAUGCUCAAGUGUUGCUAGCUUCGAUUGGUUGUUGUGGUGAAGGCAUUAGUUUGACUGCUGCAUCACGGGUUGUUUUGCUGGAUUCAGAGUGGAACCCGUCCAAAAUAAAACAGGCUGUAGGUCGGGCGUUUAGGCAAGGUCAGGAGAAGAUAGUUUAUGUGUACCAGCUUUUGACAUCAGGGACUGUGGAAGAAAAGAAACACAGCAAGACUGCAUGGAAAGAUUGGGUGUCAAGGAUGAUAUUUGUUGGGAAUAACGCGAAAAAUUCUUCUCAUGCCAAAGCAGAAAAUAUCGAUGACGAAGUUUUGCGAGAGAUUGUUGAAGAAGAUGAAUCUGACUUGUUCCAUCUUAUCAUGAAAGAUGAAAAGCUGAUGGACCGAAAGAAAAAUGAAACUACAGCAGUGUUUCAUAUGAAAGGAACUUUCUGA